CGUGGUUUCAAAGAUAAAUUUAAGGUUAGAUAUGUCACCAACUUCACAUUGCAAAGAAACAAAGUGAGAAUAAAUUUAAGGUUAGAUCCUCCUCCUUUCCCAGAAAGUUGAGAGUUUUUUUUUUUUUUUUCUCUCUCUCUCUCUUUCUUCUGUGUCGUAGCAGGAGCUAUCUCCUCUCUGCUUGGAAAUGGCGGGAGGGUCGUUCGCGCCGACCGGCGUGGCCAAGGAGAGGGCACAGCAGUACCAAGGGAGGCUCACCCCUUAUGUCAUCGUUGCCUGCAUUGUUGCCGCCGUAGGCGGCUCUCUUUUCGGUUAUGAUAUCGGAAUUUCAGGCGGGGUUACGUCGAUGGACGGAUUUCUUAAGAAAUUCUUCAAGACAGUGUACAAAAACAAGACGCAUGCCCGGGAAAACAACUACUGCAAGUAUGAUAACCAGGGUCUUGCAGCGUUUACCUCUUCGCUGUACCUCGCCGGUUUAGUUGCAUCUUUUGUGGCUUCUCCGGUCACAAGAAAUUAUGGACGCCGAGGAAGUAUAAUCUGUGGCGGAGUCAGUUUCCUCGUUGGAGCAACUCUAAACGCUUCAGCUGAGAAUUUGGCCAUGCUUCUCUUAGGUCGGAUCAUGCUUGGCGUUGGUAUCGGAUUUGGAAAUCAGGCCAUUCCGCUAUAUCUUUCAGAAAUAGCGCCAACGCAUCUUCGAGGAGCCUUAAACAUGAUGUUUCAGUUAGCAACCACGCUUGGGAUCUUCACAGCCAACAUGAUAAACUACGGGACUCAAAAACUCGAGCCAUGGGGGUGGAGGCUCUCGCUAGGGCUGGCUCUAGUACCAGCUGCGGUAAUGACAGUCGGAGGAAUAUUUCUACCCGAGACACCAAAUAGCUUGAUCGAACGAGGAUGUAAAGAAGAAGGAAGAAAAGUUUUGGAGAGAAUUAGAGGAACCAAAAAUGUCAGCGCAGAGUUUCAGGACAUGAUGGAUGCAAGCGAGUUUGCCAAUGCAAUAAAGCACCCGUUCAGAAACAUCCUCGAGCGAAGGAACAGGCCUCAGCUCGUUAUGGCAAUCUUCAUGCCGACGUUCCAGAUCCUCACGGGGAUAAAUUCGAUUCUGUUCUACGCUCCCGUGUUGUUUCAAAGUAUGGGGUUCGGAGGAAAUGCUGCUCUGUACUCCUCUGCUUUGACCGGAGCAGUUCUUGUCACGUCUACGCUGAUAUCCAUCGCAGCAGUUGACAAACUGGGACGAAGAGUUCUGCUCAUUACUGGUGGAAUACAAAUGAUUGUAUGCCAGGUCGUAGUCGCGCUAGUCUUGGGGUUCAAGUUCGGGGACAAUCAAGAACUGUCGAAAGGAUUCUCAGUACUGGUGGUGGCCGUGAUUUGCCUCUUCGUGAUAGCUUUCGGGUAUUCAUGGGGUCCUCUCGGGUGGACAGUGCCGAGCGAGAUCUUCCCUCUAGAAACCCGAUCAGCUGGACAGAGCAUUACAGUGUCUGUGAACCUUCUGUUCACUUUCAUCAUCGCCCAGUCGUUUCUCUCCCUCCUGUGCGCGCUCAAAUUCGGGAUCUUCCUCUUCUUCGCGGGAUGGAUUACUAUCAUGAGCGUGUUUGUUUACCUGUUUCUUCCCGAAACCAAGGGGAUUCCGAUCGAAGAGAUGAUACUGAUGUGGAGAAGGCACUGGUUCUGGAAGAGGAUAAUGCCGGAAGAAUAUCCUGAAGCUGACGACUCCGUUAAUGUCAGGCCAAACAAUUCAACAAUUUGAGAUAUUUUAGAGCAUAAUGAGGUGUAAAUAAAGCAGAUGAUCGUUGCAAUUCAGUUUUAAAGGGCUUGUUUUGGAAAGUACUUUUAAAAUGAUUAGAAGCGUUUUUAGUGAAAAUAUUUUUGAAUUAA